AGCGAACAGGGAUGGAUCGGUACCAGAGGGUGGAGAAGCCCAGGGAGGAGGUGCCCAUCAAGGAGAAUGAGAUCCGCAUCACCACCCAGGGCAGGAUGCGCAACUACAUCACCUACGCCACCACCUUGUUCCAGGACAAAGGUUGCGAUGAAGUUGUAUUCAAGGCAAUGGGAAGGGCCAUAAACAAGACUGUCAUGAUUGCAGAAUUGAUCAAGAGGAGAAUUGUGGGUCUCCAUCAAAACACCGCCACGGAAUCUACUGAUAUUACUGAUACGUGGGAGCCACUGGAGGAAGGCCUACUCCCGCUUGAGACAACAAGGCAUGUGUCUAUGAUUACUAUAACUCUUUCAAAGAAGGAGCUGGACACUUCCUCUGUCGGGUAUCAAUCUCCACUUCCAGCAGACAAGGUGAAGCCAUUUGUUGAAUAUGAUAAUGAAGAAGAUGUACACUCACCGCCUGGACGAGGAAGAGGACGUGGUCGAGGUCGUGGAAGGGGAAUGGGAAGGGGUAGAGGUGCACGUGGAAACGGAUAUGUGGAGUAUGGUGAUGGUGGCUGGGAGGGUGAGCAUGCGCCUGCUUAUGCAGGCAAUGGGUAUGCUGACCAUGCUCCAGCUUAUGAAGGCAAUGGUUAUGCACGUGGUAGAGGCCGCGGUUUCAGAGGCCGUGGCAGGAGAGGCGGCUAUGGUGGCCAGCCUGAUUAUCAGCAAGAGGGAGGGAGAGGUGGCUAUGGUGGCCACCGGGAUUAUCAGCAAGAUGGAGGGUAUUAUGACGAUGCACCAGCACCACCCCGAGGUGGUGGCCGUGGUUUCAGGGGCCGUGGCAGGAGAGGUGGCUACGGUGGCUACGGUGGCCAGCCUGAUUAUCAGCAAGACGGAGGGUUUUACGAUGAGGCACCUCCUGCACCUGCUGGAGGCCGCGGCCGUGGUCGUGGGAGAGGCCCAGCCCGGGGCAGAGGGCGUGGUGGCAAUACCAAUGGCAUGGUGUACGCCGCCGCUUCCACUGCGUAAGCUGCCUGCAGCU